AUGAAGGAUCUGCUUAAGAUACUUCGAAUUUUAGGUACAAUUCGUUUUCACGUCAAUUUUUUAGUAGAUGUAAAAUCGAGUUUCGACUUUAAUAUAAAAAUAUGUGACGUCAAAAUAUAUUCAUUUUAUAAAAUUACAAAAAUUUUUAAUUUUAGCAGCACACCAUUCACACCCCCUUCUACCCAUAAAAUAACAACACUUUCUAGCACUAAAUUAAAAGAUAAUUUAAAUACUCUUUCUUCUGUUUAUCCUUCUGAACCUCUUCAAAACUCGCCUGAUUACCUAUCAACAACAAUCUCCAAAAGAACUACUCGAUCAACCAGAUCCUCACAAAAUUUUACAACAAUAACACCUUCCGGCAGUAAAGGCAAUUGGCGUUCUUCUAUUUCCCCGUUUCCGUGGUACUUUGUUGCUAUUGGGGGUUUCCUCUUUGCUUCAAUUAUUUUUAUUUUUGUUUUCAUGACUGUCAGGGGAUUUAGACAAAUUUUUACAAAAAGAACAACACAGAAUUCAGCUUCAACAAUAGAAAAAAGUAACACAAGUGAAUCUAUGAUUCCAAUGAUAAAUCACAAAAAAAGAAGAACAAACAAAAUUAUUAAAUCAAAAUUAAUAAAAACUGAGGGAACAACAAAAAAUGAAACAAAAAGUCCGAAAACAAAAAAUAAAAAUGAAUCAGUAAAUUCUGAAUGUACUAUAAUGAAUGAAGAAGACAGUGAAAGAUUGGAAUUAAAAGAAGGCAAACAAAUUACAGUCAUUGACCCUCUAUUAAAUCAGGUAUUGUUUAGUAAAUUGGAAAUUUUGUGUUUGAGAUUUACCGUAUUUUCUCGAUUAAUUGCCCUCCCUCGAAUAAUUCCCUUCUCUAGAGUUGGGUUGAAACAAUAA